GUCUCUUAUGACGUCACUCAGCUGAAACGAAAGUCAAGCUCAAAGCCGUUUCAUGACCAAAACCAGAUCCUUUCAGCAGGACACAGUCUCCAGUUUGAAGCUUCUCUCUCUUUCUUCGAGGGAUUAAAACCACUGCAGGUGAACAGUAAGAGAACAGGAACAAGAGGAAAAAUAGGGGAAUCAGGAGGAAAAGAGAAAUAGAAAUUGUCAUGGCUUCCUCCAGCAGUGUCCUGUGUGAAGAUCAGCUCCAGUGCUCCAUCUGUCUGGAUGUGUUCACUGAUCCAGUCUCUACUCCAUGUGGACACAACUUCUGUAUGAUCUGUCUCAAAGAGUUCUGGGACAGCAGUUCACACUGCCAGUGUCCAGUGUGUAAGGAGGAAUUCCCUAAAAGACCUGAACUACGUGUGAAUACGUUCAUCUCUGGACUUGCUGCUCCAUUUAAGAAGUCAGUUCAGGAGAAAUCCAGCAGCGCUGCAGAAAAACCGACCCAAUCUCUGGUGCUCUGUGACAUCUGCUGUGAAAAGAAAUGUGUAGCUGUGAAGUCCUGCCUGAUCUGUAUGACGUCUUACUGCAAGACUCACCUGGAACCUCAUGAGAGAGUUUCUUCAUUGAAGAAGCACAAACUGAUGGAGCCUGUGGAGAACCUGGAGGACUACAUCUGCCAGAAACAUGAGAGACCCCUGGAGCUGUUCUGUAGAGACGACCAGACGUGUGUGUGUCAGUUCUGUACUGAGACAGACCACAAAACUCACAACACUGUUCCUAUAGAGGAGGAGAGUGGAGAGAAGAAGACUGAGUUGGGGAAGACACGAGCAGAAGUUCAGCAGAUGAUCCAGGAGCGACUGAAGAAGAUUGAGGAAAUCAAACACUCUGUAGAACGCAAUAAAAAAAACACAGAGAAGGAGAAAGCAGACGGUGUGAUCUUCAGUGCUCUGAUGCGCUGCAUUGAGAGAAGCCAGGCUGAGCUGCUUCAGGUGAUGGAGGAGAAGCAGAAAGCAGCAGAGAAGCAGGCUGAAGAGUUGAUUAAAGAGCUGGAGCAGGAAAUCACUGAGCUAAAGAGGAGAAACACUGAGCUGGAGCAGAUCUCACACACUGAGGAUCACCUCCACCUCCUACAGAUUUACCCGUCACUGUGCAGCCCUCCACACACCCAGGACUGGACUGACGUCACAAUUAACUCUCACCUGAGUCUGGAGCCUCUGAGGAGAGCUCUGUCUCAACUUCAGGAAACUCUCAGUGAGGAAAUGGAGAAGCUUGAUGAAACUGAACUGAAGAGAAUUCAGCAAUAUGCAGUGGAUGUGACUCUGGAUCCUGAUACAGCUCAUCCUGAACUCAUCCUGUCUGAUGAUGGGAAACAAGUUACAUGUGGAGAUAAGAGACAGGAUCUCCCUGAUAACCCAGAGAGGUUUAAUUAUUGUGUCUGUAUACUGGGAAAGGAGGGAUUCUCCUCAGGGAGAUUUUACUAUGAGGUGCAGGUCAGAGGGAAGACUCACUGGCUUUUAGGAGUGAUCCGAGAGUCGUUUAACAGGAAAGGGGUGAUUACACUCAGUCCUGAAGAUGGAUACUGGUGUGUGUGGCUGAGGAAUGAGACUGAAUAUAAGGCUCUCGACUCUCCUCGUGUCUCCCUCUCCUUGAAACCGGCUCCUCAGAAGGUGGGGGUGUUUGUGGAUUAUGAGGAGGGUCUGAUCUCCUUCUAUGAUGUUGAUGUAAAAUCUCAUAUCUACUCUUUCACUGGUCAGACUUUCACUGAGAAACUUUAUCCAUUCUUCAGCCCCUGUCCCAAUGAUGGAGGUAAAAAUUCAGCACCACUGAUCAUCUGUCCUGUUAGUCAAAUCUAAUAUAAAUUUAUAAAACUGACUUUUAUUUCUUAAUAAUAAUGAAAACAGUGCUGUUAUUAUCUGGCAUUUGUUUUAAGUUUAAAAAUAAAUGAUGUUUACAUUUUA